UGUUUUGAAUUUGAAACAUCACUCGAUCUUGUGACUUGUAUCAUUCGUGAAGCGUUUACGUGCAUGACGAAUGGCUAAUAUAAAAGUUGCUGUUAAAGUGCGGCCUUUAAUAGAUCGCGAAAAGAAGGCCGGUGAAAAUGUGUGUUGGAAAGUCACGGGCAAUAACAUCGCUCAAAUUGACCCUUCUUCUGGAACUGUGUUGCGUGACGGAUACACCUUUGAUCAUGUGUUUGGCAUGGAUGUUUCAAAUGCUGAAAUAUUUGAUAAAGUUGUUAAACCUCUUGUGCAUCCUACAGUCGAUGGGUUUAACACCACAAUAUUUGCUUACGGCCAGACUUCUUCAGGAAAAACAUACACAAUGUUAGGAGACAAAAAAGAACCUGGUAUAAUACCUCUGACAGUUUCUGCGAUGUUUGAUGCAAUGCAGCGAUCAAGCGGACGUGAAUUUCUUGUAAGGGCUUCCUACAUGGAAAUUUAUAAUGAAAAGAUAAAUGAUCUUCUUGAUAAGAAAUUCAACUUGAAAAUUCGUGAAGAGGAUGGAAAAGCAGUUGUUAUAGGACUGAAGGAGGAACUUGUUACUACCACUGAAAAGAUUUUAUUAUUGAUGAGAAGAGGACAAAAGAUUAGACAUAUAGGCGAGACAAAUAUGAAUGAACGAAGUUCGAGGUCACACACUAUUUUUCGCCUUGUAGUUGAGAGCCGUGAAGCAAAGGGAGGCCAAGGGGACUGUAGUGAAGAUCAAGAUGAUGACGUUAUAAAAGUUUCACAUCUUAAUAUGGUUGAUCUCGCAGGCUCAGAACGGUCAGACCAGACAGGCAGUAAAUUUGGCAGUGAUCGCUUUCGUGAAGGCUGCCAUAUCAAUCUUUCAUUAUUCACUUUAAGUCAAGUGAUAUCACAGCUGAGCGACGGGAAAAAACACAUCAGUUUUCGAGAUAGUAAGCUGACACGCAUACUGGAGCCAGCUCUGGGAGGAAAUGCUCUGACAGCCAUCAUCUGUAAUGUUACACCUACCUCAGUUGAAGAGACGAAUUGCACUCUGAGUUUUGCAUCCAGAGCAAAGAAAAUUAAAAAUGAACCUCAUGUCAAUGAAGUUCUUUCUAAUGGCACUCUGCUGAAGAGGUAUGCCUGCCAGUUGGCUAAAUUAAAGGAUGAGUUAGAGAAAGCAAAAUCUCAAGAUGUGGUUCAGGAAAUGGAGAGUAAAUUACUUGAGAAGGACCGCCUCAAUACACUGUUGCAAGAACGAAUUAAUAGACUCUCUAAACAACUAAUUGGAGCACGAGUAUCGCAAACUGUUGCAGAUGGUUCUGUUGUUGGUCUGACCAGAGGGCCAACUCACCGUAGAAAAACGUGGGCAGGUGCUGCUUUAAGUAUUCUACGUCCUUCUGUGCGAUUGGAGCCUAUCCCAGAAUCUGCUGUUCCUAGCUUAUCAGAACAAACAAGAAACACAUCGACUGAAGGUGUCCCAUUCGAGGAGUUUGAAAGAGACCUUCUAGACGCAGAUGAACUGGCAGCAACACCUGCUGAUGAUGAGGAAGCCUUCACAUUCAGUUUUGUCAACUUCAGGAGAGGUUCUGAAAGAAAUAGAGGUGGAUGUGAGACUCUUGAAAAUGAUAUGUGUGAUAGAGAUGAACAGGUUGAUCAGACAGCAACAGCAAGCAGUUCCAACCUUGGUCAGGUAGUGGCAUUUGGUUCGGGCCUCGACCAGGCAGCUGCAAGCAGUUCGGGCGUCGACCAGGCAGCUGCACGCAGUUCGGGCCUCGACCAGGCAGCUGCACGCAGUUCGGGCCUCGACCAGGCAGCUGCACACGGUUCGGGCCUCGACCAGGCAACACAAACUGAACAGUCCUACUCAAGAAAUUCUCAGGCUGUGUGCCACUACUGUUGUACAGGUGCACUGCCUAUAAUGCAGAGAGUAAAUGUUUCUUGUCAGCCAAGUCCAGCUACUAACAGAAGCCUUGAAAUAUCUAGUUGCUCAGAGACAGCGGCAACUCCUCCACACAUUAUACGGGCUAACCUACAAGAACUUCAAAAGGAGUAUGAGGAGCUAAGAGAAUUCACCAAAUUAGAGCGACAAAUCUAUGCAGAAAGAGCUGAGAUGGCAUCAUUUGCUGUGCAGACUGAAACACCUUGUUCUACCAAGAACAUCUCAGUCAGGUCUGCAGCUCAGAGAAAUGAAUUUCAAAGUUGUCGAGAAACUGAUAGCAAAGAGCAGGCUCCUUCAAACAGUAAGAUGGCACUUAUAAGCCAUCUGGAGACACCUAAAUAUCAAAUAUCUCCAAAGUUUGAUCAUGCAGAGGAGGACAGGUGUCUAGGAAAAGACACAUCAGAUACCGAUGACUGUGAUCAAAACUUAACACUGAGAAAAAUACUACUUUCUGGUGACAGUAGAAAUACUGAAGAAAACAGUUAUUCAUUGAUGCAGUUAAGGUUAAACUUGGAUGAACUUACUGCAGAGAACACAGCUCAAAAGAAAGAAUUAGAUAUUCUGAAUUCUAACAAUGAAAAACUUAGGAAUAGAAUGCUGACAGAAAUUGCCACAUUAUCCCAAGCAGAUUCAGGUGAUCAAGAAAACUCCUCUGACAAUGUUGCCAUUUUUGACAAAUUUGUGAAUUCUAUCAUUCAGAAGGAGCAGGAAGUGGUCAAAAUCAUACUUGAAAAGUCCAAUAAUAAUCUCAUUGCUAAAGAAAAUUGGAUCAGCGAGUUGGAAAAACAAGUUGUAUCGCUUGAAGAAGAAUUGGAAAAUUCUCAGAAAGAGCAAAAUAAACUUCAUGAUAAACUGAAAGCCCAGAAAGAUGCACUUACUACUUUAGAACAAGAUAAACUCCAUCUCAACAAGAAACUAACCAAAUCAGAAGCAGAUAUGUCAUUUUUACAGGAUGAAAAUAAGGACCUCAGUUUACGUCUAAGAGCUGCAGAAGAAAAAAUAUUUCAACUUACUGAGAAUGAGAAACAUCUCAAACUAAACUUGGAAAAAGAAAAGGAACAAAGAAUUCUGCUUGAAAACGAACUCCAGCAAACAAAAGAAAAAUGUGACAAACUUAGUAAGAACUUUGAAAGUACUUCAAAAAUAGAUGAAAAAUUGCUGCUGUCAGAAGUAAAUAGCUUUAAAGAGCAAAUUCAGAAAUUAGAGCUGGAAAAUUCAGUCCUUGGAGAAUCCAUUAAAGUGGCACAAGAGGAAUGCUUGAAGUCAAAAGCUGUGGCUACACAAAAUUCUGAGUGUUUGAAUAGUAUCAAAAAACAAUUGAUAUUGCUUGUUUCAAUAUUUCCUGACUCUAAUAGUAUAAAGUACCAUUCCUGUGAACAAAUUCUAGGAUUUAUUUCGAAGAAACUGUCACAACCUUGUCACAAAUGUUCUCAGUUGGACCGUGAUUUACAGAAAUUGAAAUUGGAAUUAGAAACAAAUCAGAAAAAUCUGGCAAUAAGCAUGGAAAGACAAAAACAGCUUGAAUCUAAAAACGUCAGUGGUUCACUUGACCUGGAGAGAAAAGACUUGCAUAAACUGAACAAUUCAGUAGUUCACAAAGCUCCCAGUCAGUAUGUUGGAGACAAUAAAAAGGUUUCAUUCCAUUGUGGAUUAGACACAGAAGGUGACACAGUUCCUGUCAAAGACACAGAUGUCUCCAACCAAAAGACUGUUUUGUCAGUAGGUGUCAAUAAUCAGGGUGGUUGUAGGUGUGAAGAGUUAGAAAAAGAAAACAAACAGUUAAUACAAGAAGCAGUAGCUCGGAGGUGUAAGAUUGCCCAAUUGCAAGAGGAAGUGGCAAAUCAAACCAAAGUUAUUGAACUCAAUAAUUCAGAACUUAAGGAAGCCCAGCAUAAGAUCCGUGUGUAUAAGAUGGAGUUAAAACAACUGCAGCGAGCUGAUCGGACAUACUCUCAAGUAAACCAAAGUAGAACCUGUUGUGACGCAUCCAGUCAGACAGAUGAUGUUCGUAUGUUCAUUAAUUAUGGAUGUGGUAUAGUAACGGAUACCCUUGCUGAAAAUCUCAGGAUGACUGUGUUUGACCUGAGGAAAAAGAAUGAGAAACUGAAAUUACUGUGCCAUUCACAGACAGCUAAAGUAAACAUGCUUGAAAAUAAAAUUACAGAGCUGAAAGGUGAAAAAAAGACCUAUAGUAAUGCACGCGUACAAACUGAGGACAAAGAGGAAGUUAAUUUCUCCAACAAAGAAGUUCAAGUUGAUAUGUUUCCAUUAAAUGCUAGUCAGCGUGAGAUUGGGCAAAUUCUUUUCUGGAAGAGUAGAGCUGAACAGCGCCUAGAAGAGAAGAAUAUGCAAGUAACACUUUGUGCCAAGCUGAGAGACCAAAUAAAGGAACUGAAACAAAAGCCAGAACCUUUGGCUAUCCGGAACUUAGCAUAUACAUUACGAGAUGAUGAGAUGUUAUGUCUUGGGCAUGCUAAGCCAGCUGGCAAGGAGAAUGUGAAAUAUCCAUACAUUGACAAACCAUAAGAGUGGUGUGUGUGUGUGUGUGUGUGUGUGUGUGUGUGUGUGUGUGUGUGUGUGUAGAUUCAGACAAAUCAGUUCCAGAUUCAUAAGAUUUUAUAUAACGAGAAACAAUAAAACUUUUCUUA